AUGGCGCUUUCCAAGACUACCAGGAUUAUUAUCCUGCUAGUCAUCGAUACUGCUUUCUUCCUCCUCGAAUUAAUAGCUGGCUAUGCCGUCCACUCGCUCGCUCUUGUCGCCGAUUCUUUUCAUAUGUUAAAUGACGUGCUAUCUCUCUGUGUGGGGUUGUGGGCUGUAAGGGUUGCCAAUCGUGAAACCAGCUCCAAGGUGUACACCUAUGGCUGGCAACGUGCGGAAACGCUUGGUGCCUUGGUAAACGGUGUCUUCCUUGUCGCUCUGUGCAUGUCUAUCUUCUUGGAGGCCAUACAAAGAUUGGUGGAGCCCCAGGAGGUGAAAAACCCUAAACUCGUGUGCAUCGUCGGUUGUUUUGGUCUCUUGUCGAAUAUUCUCGGCCUGGUUUUAUUCCAUGACCAUGGUCACGACCAUGGUCACGGACACUCCCAUGUGGGGGAGGAUAUCGAGGACGUGGAUGCCGCAGAGCAGGGAUAUCAUCAUCCCCAUCAGGGAGGCCAAGACACAGCGGAUGGACGCAAUGCUGCAGCAAAUGUAAAGCCCAAAAUUCUUGAGGCAACGUACCAUUCUGAUGCAUUGAAGGAGACGAACACAGAAUCUUUACCGCGACAGCGUAGCGACUCUCGCCGUUUCAGCGGUUCGACUAGCCGUGGGUACGCCAGUAUGGAGGGGAUCCAUGUCUACCCUGCCAUCCUGAGGCAGGACAUCAUUGCAGCCAGUCGUCAGCGCUUCGCGGAGGAACAGUCUUCUUCUGAUUCGGAAACGGAUGUCCAGGAUCUUGAUCAGCCCCAGCCCUCUGAACGUUCGGGACUACUUCGCCACAAGGACCGAGCUUCUAACUACACAGAUGAGACUCAGGCUCCUGCUCCGGCAUUGUCCCCCGAUGACUACGUUCAUCAAUCUCAUAACCACGCCCAGCCCAAACCAGAAGGGAAGAAGAAAGGUGGCCAUGAUCUCAACAUGCGUGGUGUCUUUCUGCAUGUAAUGGGUGAUGCUCUCGGCAACAUCGGCGUGAUUAUCUCUGCCCUGGUCAUUUGGCUUACCGACUACUCCUGGCGUUUCUACGUGGACCCGGGUAUUUCACUGGUCAUCACGGUCAUUAUUCUCUGCUCCGCUAUUCCUCUGUGCAAGGCUGCGUCUCGUAUCUUGUUGCAGGCCGCUCCGCCAGGUCUUAGCAUCGAUCAUAUCAAGGAGGACAUCGAGAGGCUUCCCGGUGUGAUCGGUUCUCACCAUCUGCAUGUAUGGCAGCUGAGUGACACAAAGAUUGUCGCCUCGGUCCACAUUCAGGUAGAUACUCAGAUCAAGGGCGAAGGAUCGGAACGAUAUAUGCGUCUUGCACGCCAGGUGAGGAAAUGCUUGCAUGCUUACGGCAUCCAUUCAUCCACCAUUCAACCGGAAUUUGCCCCAGAUAGUGAUUUGGAAGAUGCCCCGGCCGCAUCUUCGUCUUCUCCCCCAGGCACAGACGAGCCAGCCUCAAGCACGCACCCGAGUCGCGCACCCAGUUUCCAAGGAGACCCGAGAGCUUGCCUCCUUGAAUGUGGUGACGAAUGCCCGCGCAAGGGACAAUGCUGUCCGAAAUAG